AGACCCGACAGGUGUACGGAACGAAUGGAAAUGGCCCAGCUCACACGAGUCUAUGCAUUCGUGGCUGCAACAACCAUUUAAGCAACAACAUUCGCUUUUUACACUGGAUAAUAACUGCCAACUACUGAAGGUUAGUCAAAUUGAGAAUUAAAAUGUCGAAAUGCUGCAGCGCUUGGAGGCGAAAUGAAAAGUGCCGAAACAUUGUGCUAAUGAGUUUUGUCAUGUUAAUAAUCCUCCCCUAUUUUCAAAUGUUACUCUCCAUCAAAAUGAGCGCCUGCAAUCAACAAGGAAAAAAGGAAAAGUGCUGCUCAGACUCCUAUUGGGACGCUCUGCUCGACUCGGAAUUCUUGACUGGGAAUCAACUCAUGAAAUAUUUAAUGUGGACUAAUCGAACGUCGUGCCAAUUGUCUCACGAUAUCGGAGGCAAAAUGCUUCGCGAUCCAUCGGGAAUCGAUGGGCAGUUGGCGGUUUGCAUCGAUCCUCAAGUGGCUCCCAAACCGGAAGAAUGUCUCGUCUAUUCUUUCGGCAUCAACGACGACUGGUCGUUCGAAGAGCAAAUGGAAAAAUACGGAUGUCAAGUGUUCGCCUUCGACUCGACCAUGCAGGUGAAACAACACGACCACACCCCUGGCAUCCAUUUUUACGACUGGGGACUCAGCGAUCGGGAUGAAAUCUCAAACAAUUUGACCUACCAUUCACUGUCGACCAUCUACGAGAAAUUGGGACACGUCAACAAGACAAUCGACUAUUUGAAAAUAGACACGGAGGGAUCUGAAUGGAGAAUUCUACGUCACAUGUUGGAGGUCGGCGUGUUAUCUCAAGUUCGCCAACUCGGCAUGGAAAUUCACUUAGACGGUGGCAAGUCAAUCGAUCAAUUUCGCUUGUCGGCCAAAUUGUUGAGAAGUUUAGAGAACACGGGCAUGGUCCGCUUUGACGCUAAACAUAACCCCUGGUAUAAGGGGAAUUUUGAGAGGUUAAAACUAACCGGACCUUACGGCAUAGAAAUCGCGUGGUAUAACAGCAAACUGUUGCAUAAUAACAUGUCAAGCGCAUAAUACACAAAUUGUUGUACCUCUA